AUGAACCAUGUAAACUAUCAACAGCGCCUUGACUUCGUCAAAAAAUUGUUGCAAGAGCGGUUUGCACUGAAGGUUCACAACAUCGAGCCAAUCGAGUAUGAUGCGGACUGCCCCUUUGAGUACAACAACUUUAUCUACAAGGUACAGAUUGAUUGCCAGGAGUGCCAGUGGCUGCAUGCACAAUCUGGAACCUCACCCUUGAAUUCAGACACGUCGCAGAUCAUCAUGCGUCUCUCCAAUGCAGCUUCAGGUAUGCCAGAUCACAAUCGAGUGGAGAAUGAGGUUGGUAUGAUGUUCCUAUUUCGAAGGGCUCUCGCGAACCGUGACCUUGGACAUCUUGUUCCACAGGUUCAUGCUUGGGGCAGUGCAGAAGGCGGUCAAGGUUGGAUCCUAGAAGAAUUUGUACAGGGAUCGCAGCUCGACAGGGUCUUUGAAACUGCGUCUGGUGACUUGAAGCAAUCAGUCUUGGAUCAGAUGGCAGACAUUGUCGCUGCAAUGCAGAGCUUCGCUGUGCCACACACCAUCACCCAGUAUGGAGGCGUCUCGUUCUCCCCUACUGGAGAUGUCAUCAGUGGACCUAUGACCACGCUCUCGGAGGGACCCUUCCAAACCCGUGCCUGUCUCUAUCAGACCUUUCUCACGCAGCAAUUAUCUUCUGCGGAUCGGAGCCCAGUCUUGCAGGGCUGGCGAGACGACGGGCUUCGUGCUCGUUUGGAACGCUUUUGUGCGGAUGAACUGCCAGAACUGGCCCUCACUUCUGAGAAUUCGAACAAGACCAUCGUACACAGCGACUUUACCAUGAACAACGUCCUGAUAGACGAAAGCACAGGAAAAUUGGUCGCCUUGCUGGACUUUGACUGGUCCUACAUUGGUAGCGCCCAUGAUGAAUUCUUGAGGUCAUUUUGCGAUCUUGGGAUGAUCCCAGGACCUCAGUCCGAAGGUCAUGAGCUUGAUCUUCGUCAAGAGCUUCUAUCUGGUCAAAGUGAUCAGUUCAGAUCGAAGGAGACCGCCAACGCCCUCCAGAAUUGGUAUCAGGUACUCAAGUCCCGAGGCAGCAAGGUACCAUCUGACUUGACCGGCAUGGAAGAAAUUUCAAGACUGCAUUGGUUCAUCAAUCAGAUCAGCCCAUGGCUGCUGACUCAUCCAGUACCGCUGAAAAGGAGAUCCAAAGUGCAGCUCGGAACCGUCAGAGAGAGCACGAGACAAAGCAUUCUUGCCUUCUUGCAACACACGGCAGAUCCCUCCUCAGGCGUUGCAACACCAUAG